AUGCAAGCUCUCCGCAUCCCUAUAAGCAUCCUUGGUGAGGAGGACCAAUUUUGUUGGCCACACGCGAGGGAUGGAAACUACUCUGUCAAAACGGGAUACCAGUUAGCGCACGCCAAAAGCCACUCAAACAACUCUACAACCGGUCAUGAUCUAGAUGAUGACAGCUCCAGAUUGUGGCACUCUAUCUGGAAUCCGCCCACUCCAGAGAAGAUCAAGGUCUUCAUCUGGAAAUGCUACUUUGGAGCGUUCCCAAUACGAGAAGCCCUCCAUAGGAGAAGACUCACUAAUGACCUUUCAUGCCCCAUUUGCAAUCAAGGCCCAGAGACGAUCCUGCAUGCUAUCACUCAAUGCCCCUGGACUAUCCCAGUGUGGUUUGGUUCACACUUACAGGUCGAUACAACUGGAGCUAGCAACCAAUCUUUUGAUCAAUGGUUUCAGUCCAUGGUUUCGCGCCUGAACCAACCUGGAGAGCCCCUCACCUCUGGCAUUCGUUCCUUAGCCAGAGAUGACAACGUCCCUCCAUGGAACAGAGCUAAUCGACAGGAAAGUGCACGAUGGUCCCCUCCAGGCCCAGGGAAACUGAAGUUCAAUGUCGAUGCCACCUUCCAACAACAAACAAAGCAUGGUGUGCUAGCUGUCGUGGUUCGGGAUGAGAGAGGAGGUACAGUGCUCACCCACACAAAGAGGCUUGUAACAACCUCACCAAUUGCAGCAGAAGCUCUGGCAGUAAGAGAGGCUCUAAUCUUGGCUCACAAUUUGAACAUGGAGAGGGUCAUUAUUGAAUUAGACAAUCAAGGCUUAGUCAAGUUGAUUCAGGAGAGGCGAUCACAAUGGGAACUGGCUCCAAUUCUUUGGGACAUCCAGCGCCUGCGUAACUUGGUUGAUUGCUUGGGAGUACAAUGGACUCCGAGAUAG